AUGGGGAACGACCCCGGGAUCGGGGACACCCCCCAGGGAAUGGGGAACACCCCGGGAUCGGGGGACACCCCCCAGGACAUGGGGAACGACCCCGGGAUCGGGGACACCCCCCCAGGAAUGGGGAACGACCCCGGGAUCGGGGACACCCCCCCAGGAAUGGGGAACGACCCCGGGAUCGGGGACACCCCCCCCCUGGAUCCAGGGACCCACCUCAGGAAUGGGGAACCCACCCCAGAAAUGGGGCCCCCCCCUUCCCCCCAAAAGAGACCCCCUGGACCAGGGACACCCCCCAGGAAUGGGGAACAUGCCCUGGGAAUGGGGAACGCCCCCCUAGGAAUGGAGAACAGCCCCCGGGGGCAGGGGACCUCCCCCAGGAUUGGGGGGUCUCCCCCAGGACCAGCAAACCCCCACCCCCUCCCCAGGACCAAGGAUCCCCCCCAUGGGGACCCCCCGGGACCAGGAACAACCCCUGGGACUCGGGAACAUCCCCCAGGACCGGGGAACCCCCCCAGGGAUUGGGGACCCCCCUGGGGUCAGGGGUACCCCCCCAGGACCGGGGAACCCCCCCAGGGAUUGGGGACCCCCCUGGGGUCAGGGGUACCCCCUGAGGAUCGGGGGACCCCCCAGGAUCGAGGAACCCCCCCAGGGAUUGGGGACCCCCCUGGGGUCAGGGGUACCCCCCGAGGAUCGGGGGACCCCCCAGGAUCGAGGAACCCCCCCAGGGAUUGGGGACCCCCCUGGGGUCAGGGGUACCCCCCAGGGAUUGGGGGACCCCCCAGGACUGUGCCUCUCCCCUGCUGUGGGGGACCCCCCCAGGGUUGGGGAAUCCCCCCAGGAAUGGGGACCCCCCCAGGACUGACCCCCCCUGCCAGGAUCUCCCCCCAGCUGCCCCAGGCAGGGACCCCCAUGAUUGGGGCCCCCCCCCCGCUUGCUAAUGGGGCCCCCCAAAAGCUGGACCCCCCCCAAAUCUGCUGGAGGUGGGGGACCCCUAAAGUGCCCUCAGCGCCCCCGGGGAGGCCCCCACAACCCCCCCCCUGCCCUCAGGACCUGGGUGUGUGUCCCCCCAACUCCAACCCCCCCAAAUCAGUUGCCCCCCUCCAAACUGGGCCCCCCCAAUGGACCCGGUGUGUCCCCUCCCAGCUUUAGACCCCCCCGAAUUAUUUACCCCCCCGAUGGGCCUGGGUACCCCCCCAACUCCAGACCCCCCCAAAUUACUUGCCCUCCCCCCCAACCUGGGACUCCCCACUCCAUCCUGACCCCCCCCCCAAGGGACCUGGGUGCCUCCCCCAAAAUCCAGACCCCCCCCAAAUUAAUCUCCCCCCCCUCCUCCCCAUGGGACCCCCCACUACAUCUGGUGACCCCCCCCGAGGGUUUGGGUGCCCCCCCCAGGUGGUCUGGGCCCCCCUAUAUAUUUUAGGACCCUCCCAUCACCUGGGUGCCCCCCCCCCCAAAUGGGACCCCCCCAAAACACUCCUGGGCACGAAGCCCCCCCCAAACACCCCCCUCCCUAUGGGGGGGUCCCAUGACACCGAUGCCCCCCCACGGGGGAGGGACGAGGCUGUUCCCCCUCUAAGGGUUUU